CGUGACGCCCAGAGCAUGCUGAUAGCGUGUGCGCUGCGUGUUCCUGGCUUUAUGGGGCUGUCUCCGGCAUCAUGCGCGAGUCAAAGGCUGGACUGAGCGCCGCUGAUCCGUCAGAGAGACACUGAGGGGGGGGUGCUUCAGCGCAUGCUUGGCUCCCCCACCGGGCUUCACCAUGCGCUUCUCCACCGCCGAUUACAUCAUCUUUGCGCUGCUGCUGGUCCUGUCCUCGGCCAUCGGGCUGUACUACGCCCUGAGCGGCGGGAAGCAGCGCACCACGCAGGAGUUCCUCCUGGCCAAUCGCAGCAUGAGCUUCCUUCCCGUGGCCCUGUCUCUCCUGGCCACGUUCCAGUCGGCGGUGGCCAUCCUGGGGGUCCCUUCGGAGAUUUACCGCUUCGGCACGGAGUACUGGUUCCUGGGCUGCUCCUACAUCAUCGGCCUGCUGGUCCCGGCGUACAUCUUCAUCCCCAUCUUCUACCGGCUGAGACUCACCAGCACCUACGAGUAUCUGCAGCUGAGGUUCGGGAAGGCCGUGCGGAUCUGUGGUACCGCAACAUUCAUAUUCCAGAUGGUGAUAUACAUGGGAGUGGUGCUGUACGCGCCGGCGCUGGCCUUCAACGCAGUUACUGGAUUCAGCCUCUGGGGGGUGGUGUUGACCAUGGGACUGGUCUGCACUCUUUACACCACGCUGGGGGGUCUUAAGGCCGUCAUCUGGACGGACGUCAUCCAGACCCUGGUGAUGUUUGCCGGGCAGCUGGCCGUGAUAAUCGUCGGCACCAUGAAGGUGGGGGGCAUCGGGGAAGUGUGGCAGAUCGCCACCGAACACAACAAGAUCGCCGGCGUGAACUGGAACCCCGACCCGUUCGUCCGCCAUUCCGUCUGGUCUCUGGGCAUUGGGGGGAUCUUCAUGAUGCUGUCCCUCUACGGGGUGAACCAGGCCCAGGUGCAGCGCUACCUCAGCGCCCGGACCGAGAAGGAAGCCAUCUUGUCGUGCUACGCGGUGUUCCCCUGUCAGCAGCUGGUGCUGGCGCUCGGCUGUAUCACCGGCCUGGUGAUGUUCUCCUACUACCAGAAGAACGAAAUCCAGCACCCGGAACUGAUCGCCACGCCCGACCAGAUGGUCCUGUAUUUCGUGAUGGACGUGCUGAAGGACCUGCCCGGCCUCCCCGGACUGUUCGUCGCCUGCCUGUUCAGCGGGGCUCUCAGCACUAUCUCCUCGGCGUUUAACUCCCUGGCCACGGUCACCAUGGAGGAUUUCAUUAAGCCACAUUUCCCGGGCCUCACGGAGGCGAAGGCCACCCUGCUGUCCAAGUGCCUCGCUCUGGGUUACGGCCUCCUGUGCCUGGCCAUGGCGUAUCUCUCGUCUCUGAUGGGCUCCGUCCUACAGGCUGCGCUCAGUAUUUUCGGCAUGGUCGGCGGCCCUCUCCUGGGUGUCUUCUGUCUGGGGUUCUUCUUCCCCUUCACCAAUUCCGCGGGUGCCAUUAGUGGUCUUGUCACUGGGCUCGUCAUGGCCUUCUGGAUCGGGAUUGGCAGUUUUAUGUCCAGAAUGUCGCCUGUGGCCCCCCCUCUGCAGAACGUGACCGGGGUCCCCGAGGUGGCAAAUCUCACCACAGCGGUUAUGACCACGCUGCUGACAUCACAGGCCCCCCAAACAAGCGUCGGCGGCCUCCAGAAGUUCUACUCGUUGUCGUACAUGUGGUACAGCGCCCACAACUCCACCACCGUGGUCAUCGUGGGCAUCAUCGUGAGCCUGCUCACGGGUCCAAUCAAGGGGGAGGACAUUAACCCCCGCACGGUCUACCUCGUCCUGCCCAAGCUUUUGUUCUUCUUACCGAAGAGGUAUAAGGAGAAGCUCCGCUUCGGGGUCCCGCACAUUGCAGAGGUAGGGGAGCGUCCAGCCGCCAGACUCCUGCAGGAGCUGCCGAAAGCCCCGGACGCUGAGAAAUCCUGCAACGGCUUCCUCAACGGCAGCGUGAAGCCAACCGAGAAAGAGGAGAUGGAGGAAAGCCACGGGGGCUUUACCCGUCCCGACGGGGGCCACUCGUACGUCGUCCAGGAGACCUCUCUUUAGAGAGCUGACGGACACGUGAGAUACGGAGGGUCUCA